AAUUCAACUUAGCCUUAAGGUGGCAUAACAUCUAGUAGUGUGGCAAUUGAAUGAUUGCUCACUAAACAAUUCUCUGGAGGCUCUGUCAAUGUCAUGCUCCAGAUGUUAGUGGAGGAUGUGGCUUUCUGAACACCCCCACAAGCCUUCAGCAUUUGUAUACAAGGUCCUCCACCCAGCCUCAAGAUGAAGAGAGAAGUAACUGAGGCAGGAGGAAUCCCAGGAGAUCGUGGACCACUGCACAUCUUCUCAUCCUAGUAAAGUGAACUCCAACUGAUAGAAAUGGCUUUCGACAUCAACAAGAUACUACUGAUGAUCGCACAGUUCAUUGCGGGUCUCUUUGACAAGAAAUAUUCCUCGUGGCCUUCCCUGUUGUUUAGAAUCAUGAUAUGGUACAAACGUCUGAAAAGGAAUGUGACAGUUAAAUACAUUGAGCAAGAUGGCUACAAGUUCUGUUACUUCUCCCGCGGGGAGCCUGGAUCCCGGCCAUCGGUGUUGAUGCUUCAUGGGUUCUCAUUCAACAAAGACAUGUGGUUAAAUGCCAUCAAACUUUUUCCUAGAGAUGUCCACUUGGUUUGCCUUGAUAUGCCCGGUCAUGGAAAAACUACUCGCCUGCUCGCAGAAAACUAUACUGCAGUUGAUCAAGCUAAAAAAAUACACCAGUUUGUUGAGUGGACUAAUCUAAACAAGAAGCCUUUCCACCUGGUUGGCAUGUCCAUGGGCGGAAUGAUUGCUGGCGUUUACGCUGCCCUCUAUCCAUCAGACGUCUGUGCUUUGUCCCUCCUCUGCCCACCCGGGCUGCAGCACACAGUGGAGAGUGAGUUCAUCAGACAGUUGAAGGACCUGCGGAAAUCCACCAACUCACACAACAACCCUCUCAUUCUUAUGACAGUACAACAGGGAGAAGACUUACUUAAACUUGGCUUGUACCAGCCCAACACCAUCAACAUGCAGCUCCUUAAGGGAUAUCUUGAAGAUCGGAGGCCACACAAGUCUUUUUUCUUAAAAUGUUUUUUAGAUAUGACCAGCAUGGAGUCCAGGUAUAGCCUUCAUGACAACAUGAGCAAAAUCAAGGCCCCUACGCAGAUCAUCUGGGGAAAGGAUGACAAGGUGAUGGAUCCUUCUGGAGCAGAAAUCAUAGCUAAAGGUAUUCCAGAUUCCCAAGUGCAUAUGCUGGACAAAUGUGGACACUUCAUAACCCUGGACAGGCCUACAAAAUCAGGAAAACUUCUUCUAGACUUCUACCAUUCGGUUUUUGGCGUAGCUAGGAACACGACACUUCCAGAUGUCUGUUUUUUCAAAUCAUGGAUUUUAAAAUUAUCUAUAAUACUUCUUUCAAAGCUGACACCAGCACACAAGGAUUAGGAGAAACUGGAUAUCAGAUGGGAUAGCUACCUUCUGAGCCACACAUCAGUCCAAGAGGCAUGGAUUGUACCAGUUUACAACAGUAUUUAUCAAUGACUGAAUUCCUCAGACAUCCCCAUUAAACAUGCUUAGGAAUGUGCAGUAUAGCUGCAAUUCUGUGAGCAUGGCAUCAGACCCAUUGAACUCAAUGGGACUUACUUCCGGGACUUACUUCCAAGUAAACCAGCCUAGUAUCGCCUUGCAUGUACAUAUUGUUAGAACUGUGGGGAAUGAAUGAAUAUUAUUUCC